AAGGCCUAGGAUGCUCAAGUUUUUCUACAAACAAGAGGCAGGUGGAGGACAGGGAGGGUGGGAGGAGGCUGGCCCUAGAAGGCCUUAUAGGGUCCUGCUUGGUUACAGAAACACAGCAACAGGAGCAGGUUCUGGCACGUUCCUGGAAGGAAAUUAGGAGUUUGAGUUUGGACACAUUUCCUCGGGCCUAGGAACCUCUAGUGGAGAUGUGUCCAGUUGGUUGGAUACGCCAUCUGCAGCUCUGGAGCAUUCUGGGCUGGCGAGGAGAUUCCAGAGUCAUUAGCAGGCAGGAGGUUUUAACAUGGGAGUGGGUGAGAUCCCCAGAAGGGGCAGGCAGCCCAGCGGUGGAACCCCAGAGAACACCACCACAAUGAAAAGCCAGGCCCUGGAGGCUGAGAAGCUGCAGUCAUUAAGGUGUGUAGAAAAUCUGGAGAGAGAAAGGGGUGGUGGUUGCAGGCGCCGACUCUGGAAACUGUACUCCAAGGGUUGCAGGAAGGAAGGUGUGCUCAGCAGGUUCAAAGGCUGGGGAGAAGCGACUAGCGGAGGCUACAAAGCACCCACUGGCUUCGGCAACUAAGAGGUCAGUCCGGACUUGGAGGGGCGGCUGUGUAAGCCAGAGCACAGAGGUUGGAGAAGAGAGAGUGUCAGUUCAGCUCCAGGGAUCGAGAUGCCGCGCCAGUUCCCCAAGCUGAACAUCUCCGAGGUGGACGAGCAAGUCCGGCUCCUGGCCGAGAAGGUGUUCGCUAAAGUGCUCCGAGAAGAGGACAGCAAAGAUGCCCUGUCCCUCUUCACCGUCCCCGAGGACUGCCCCAUCGGGCAGAAGGAGGCCAAGGAGAGGGAGCUGCAGAAGGAGCUGGCGGAGCAGAAGUCUGUGGAGACGGCAAAAAGAAAGAAAAGUUUUAAGAUGAUUCGGUCCCAGUCCCUGUCUCUGCAAAUGCCGACGCAGCAAGAUUGGAAGGGCCCCCCGACAGCCAGCCCAGCCAUGUCUCCCGCAGCUCCUGUGCUCCCCGGAGCCCCUCCCCAGCCCGCACCCGCGCCCUAUGCCAUGCCCGAGUUCCAGCGGGUCACCAUCAGCGGAGACUACUGUGCUGGGAUCACCGUGGAGGACUACGAACAGGCUGCCAAGAGCCUGGCCAAGGCCCUGAUAAUCCGGGAGAAGUAUGCCCGGCUCGCCUAUCACCGCUUCCCGCACACCACGGCCCAGUACCUGGGUCACUGGCAGGCAGACGCUGCCCCUCUGGAAGAGGGCCUCCCAGACUUCCACCCUCCCCCGCUGCCCCAGGAGGACCCUUACUGCCUGGAUGAUGCUCCCUGCAACCUGGGCUUCCUGGUCCGCAUGCAGGGGGGCGUCCUCUACGUGUACGACAACACGAAGAUGCUGGAGCGCCGGGAGCCCCACAGCCUGCCCUACCCGGACCUGGAGACCUACACGGUGGACAUGAGCCACAUCCUGGCUCUCAUCACCCACGGCCCCACGAAAACAUAUUGUCACCGGCGACUGAACUUUCUGGAAUCCAAGUUCAGCCUUCACGAGAUGCUAAAUGAAAUGGCCGAGUUCAAAGAGUUGAAGAGCAACCCUCACCGGGACUUCUAUAACGUGAGAAAGGUGGACACGCACAUCCACGCGGCUGCCUGCAUGAACCAGAAGCACCUGCUGCGCUUCAUCAAGCAUACGUACCAGACGGAGCCCGACAGGACGGUUGCCGAGAAGUGGGGCCGGAAGAUCACCCUGCGGCAGGUGUUCGACAGCCUGCAUAUGGACCCGUACGACCUCACUGUGGACUCGCUGGAUGUCCAUGCGGGCCGGCAGACGUUCCACCGCUUUGACAAGUUCAACUCCAAAUACAACCCUGUGGGGGCCAGUGAGCUCCGAGACCUGUAUUUGAAAACUGAAAACUACCUGGGAGGAGAGUACUUUGCUCGGAUGGUCAAGGAGGUGGCCCAGGAGCUGGAGGAGAGCAAGUACCAGUACUCAGAGCCACGGCUCUCCAUCUACGGCUGCAGUCCUAAGGAGUGGCCCAACCUGGCCCGCUGGUUCAUCCAGCACAAGGUCUACUCACCCAACAUGCGCUGGAUCAUCCAGGUGCCCCGGAUCUAUGACAUAUUUAGGUCAAAGAAGCUGCUGCCAAGCUUUGGGAAGAUGCUGGAGAACAUCUUCCUGCCCCUCUUUGAGGCCACCAUUAAUCCUCAGGAUCACCGAGAGCUUCACCUCUUCCUCAGAUAUGUGACGGGGUUUGACAGCGUGGAUGAUGAGUCCAAGCACAGCGAUCACAUGUUCUCAGACAAGAGCCCCAGCCCGGACGUCUGGACCAGCGAGCAGAACCCGCCCUACAGCUACUACCUGUACUACAUGUAUGCCAACAUCAUGGUGCUCAACAACCUCCGCAGGGAACGGGGCCUGAGCACGUUCCUGUUCCGGCCUCACUGCGGGGAGGCUGGCUCCAUCACUCACCUGGUAUCUGCUUUCCUGACUGCCGACAACAUUUCCCAUGGGCUGCUCCUCAAGAAGAGUCCGGUGUUGCAGUAUCUCUACUACCUUGCUCAGAUCCCCAUUGCCAUGUCUCCUCUUAGCAACAACAGUCUGUUCCUCGAAUAUUCUAAAAACCCUCUGAGGGAAUUCCUGCAUAAGGGACUGCAUAUUUCUCUCUCCACCGAUGACCCCAUGCAGUUCCACUACACGAAGGAAGCACUUAUGGAAGAAUACGCAAUUGCAGCUCAAGUGUGGAAGCUGAGCACGUGUGACCUGUGUGAGAUCGCCAGGAACAGCGUGCUGCAGAGCGGCCUCUCGCAUCAGGAAAAGCAAAAAUUUCUGGGACAAAAUUAUUAUAAAGAGGGACCUGAAGGAAAUGAUAUUCGAAAGACAAAUGUUGCUCAGAUCCGGAUGGCGUUCCGAUAUGAGACCUUAUGCAAUGAGCUCAGCUUCCUGUCUGACGCCAUGAAAUCAGAAGAGAUCACAGCCCUGACCAAGUAGACCAAGUAGUCGAGUACUGGACAUGCAUUUUAACUUUCUGGUUUAAUUUCAAAUCUGCUGUGAUUAACAGUGUUCAAGAUACCAAACUAUCCUCCAAGGAGAGGAUACCUGUGAAGAACUUUCAAACUAGUGAUUUUUGGUUGCACUGUUCACUUUAAGGUCUAACAUGCCCACUUCUGUUAAUAGUUUUGAGUAAUAGAUGGUGAAUCCUCCUUGGGGAUCUGGGAGCUGGACACUUGUCUGUACUCAUUCCUAAUUUUCCAAAUGUUUCUCUUGAAAGUGCUAAUGCUUGCAUUGUUGGGGCCAGGAUCUUACAUGGUCCAAUGCCCACUGUGCAUAUAUGAGGGCUGUGUGGUUUUCUGCCACGGUCCUCUCUGUAGGCCCUGCAGACUAGUUGGUAUUUGUUUAUUUCAGUCUCUGAUGGGCUGGCUGCCUUAAAAUCUAUUUCAAAGCUCCCUUUCAUAAAGGAGCUACUUUGAGAGAAUUAGAAAACUUCCUUUGUUGCGUUGUUUUUUUUUUUUUUUAAUGAGUUUUAAAAACUUUUAUUUAGCCUUCCUCCCUUUCUAUUUAGGAAACCAAAUAUUCACAUCACAACCAUCACUCCUAUUUUGGGUCUUGGUUUCCUCAUCUGAAAGGUGAGAGUUUGCACUAGAUGAGUGGUUUUCAAGUGGUGUUCUGUGAGUUCUCCUCCUGGACCACUUCAAGGCAGGGGUGGGCAGGGGGGAGUGAGGUUCUGGGGUGCUGCUUUUACUUCUUCAAGGUGACUCUGCUUUCAUCAGUUUUACAUUGGGACUUCUGUGUAUUUACAUUUGAACUAAGGACUUUGAAAAGCACAGGACUAGAUGACCUCUGUUCCUUUUGGCUUUAAUAUUCUAUGAUUGUAGCCCAAUUAUCAUUUUACUUAUGAAGAGUUAGGGCCACAGAAGUAAAGUUUGCUUAAGGUCACACAGCUCUAAUAAGUAAUAGGACUAGAACUAGGUUUCCCUAAUCCUAAUCCAGUCCUUUCCCCACUAUUCCAUCAGACCUCACAAAUUUAGAUUUUUUUUGUCACUGUAACCUGGUGCAUUUUUUUUUCCCCCCACGGUGAAAUCUCACCUUUACCUAAUAUGCAGACUUCUUCAGAAGAUGUAAGUGGUCCCUGGGGCCAGGUAGAAAGCAUUUUUAAAGACUAGUCUGAAUUUAAGCUUUACCAAUGUAUUCUUCAUCUGUGUUACUAGUGCCUGGUACAUAGUAGGUGCUCAAUAAAUGUAUAUUAAAUAAAUGAAUGAAUUUCCUCUUUUGGCAACUUUUUAGGAUGUGUGCUUCUGGUACUCACCAAGCUGCUCAAGGACUUUCCUGUCUAUCUCUGUGGGCAAAUGCAGACUACAGGAAGCCCUUCUGAAUUAUUACAGUUAGAAGAACCCUAUUUUUGCCUGUGAAAAUGCUUACCUGACUUUAGAUUGUCUUGUCCUGUUACUUUAUAAUGCUUAUCACCUCCACUGGUCAACUUAGUACAGAACAAUAAAUGUAGUCUUUUUACUAGGCAGACAUGUGCUAUCUUACAGCUAAUCAUGAAAUUGAAUGAAAACCGAGUAUUUGUGUUAGGCAUUCACUAUUUUUUGAAAAGUCAUUUGUAUACUUUUGCCCUAACAUAGCAAGUAUUGUACAGUUUUUCAUUGUCAUUUUAUCUGUAUCAAGUAUUUGUUUUUAUUAUUAAAUAAAGUCUGUUAGGACUGUG